AUGUCCUCCAAAUCCUAUCUCCGUCUGCACCCCCAUCCCUUUUCUUCCCUCCCCAUCCACCCAUCCCUUGACAACUCUUCUUCCUCCCGCCCGGCACUCCGCCCCUUCCUGCACGCCCUCCUCACCGAAGCCCAGACUCUGCUGACCUCCAUCCCCUCCACCUUCCACCCGGACCGCAAACCCCGACGCUCGUCCCCCUCCACCGCCAAAGUCUAUCUCUCCACCCGCUCCAUCCCGCCGGACUACUGGGUAUGUCGGCAGAGCGUGCACGAAGACGCGCCCGUGACUGGAUCUGCCUCAUGGGCCGAGUUUCGCGCCGGACUUAGGCACGAUCAUUCCAAGCAUGAAAUGGACUACACGCCGAGUGUGACCGCCGUGGAGCGGUUGAUGGAAUGGCCCUCCGAGAUAGAUGUAGAUGGGGGGUGGUCGAGAGUGGAUGUACAUGUCAAUAUGAUCACCCACACCUUCCACCCUACCGCCUUGAUCGCGCCUCGCUCGUUCAUUGUCCUGGUUGUGUCGGCGGAUCGCGACCGCGAUCAAGGAUUUGUCACCGUUCAGAUCCCCCUGACGGUGGAUUCGAGCCCGCAGUCUGUCCGGCAGAAGAUUGCGGCGUCGGCGCCGCGGAAUGCCAUCUUUGCCUCUUAUGCGAGUGUGGAACAGGUGGUCGCUGCGCCGGAGGGACUGCAGUGGACGAUGGCGACCACCUCGGAUGCUGGCGGGGCCAUUCCUCGGUGGAUACAGCGGAGCUGGACCAUGGGCGGAGUCCCUAAAGCCGUCGUGGCAGACGUAGGUUUGUUUCUCGGGUGGACCGCCCGUCGACGGGCCUAG